UCCUCCGUUCCUUCCUUCUCUUUUUCCUCCCUCCCCGCCUACUUUCCUGACUUCCUUUCAAAUUCCCCUAAUCACCAAAAAAGUUCUUCUUGUGCACUGAAGAUUUCCUGUGAUUUAGGUCCAUUUUCUCCAGAAAUUAAAGACAAUUGGCAAGUCGGCCUUUGACAUUUUCUUCCCCGGGCUGUUAAAUAUUAAAUAUUUUGGAGGUGCAGGGCUAAUAAAUGCAAUCUAACAAAGUUUUUUAGACUCUUUUUCAGAAGUCUUUAGGGGCGGUUUCAUCUUCAUUUCAUCGCAACAGCUCUGACCAAAGGACAACAAAUUCUCUCUGUUACCCCUCUUUGUGGCUUCACUCUGUGUCACAGGCUUAAUUCAAUCAGUUAAUUUCCCCUCAUAGGCACAGGCAGUGGACAAAGGGCCAGGUGCCCAGGGUUAAUAAAUUUCAUAGUGCCAACUACUAUCUCUCCCUCCGAGAAAGAAAACAUGACUUAGACUGGACCUGAAGUAAAAGAAUUUAGGUCAGACAGCAGUAAUUAUGUACUAUUUUCCUCUGGAUAUGUUUUGUCUGUAACAAGCAAAGGCAUCCAAAACAACUUUAUGGCGCUAGGAAUGCAUUUUAUGUUCAGGAUGUUCUUUUCCAAAAUAGCUAUUUUAGUGCCUGCAUUGUUGAAUGCUUCCCUGAUGAUUUUGUUUUUAAGUGUUUGAAAAGCAGAAGUCUCUGGAAACUGGCAUUCUUACUAAUUUUUUUUCAUUUUAUUUUUCCUUACUCCAUCAGUUAAAGGUGUAGCUACACGGAUAUAGCAUUUACAGCAGCUCCAAGGAAUCAAGGGAUAAGAGAGGGAUGAGGGCUGGCCCCACCUGCACCUGUUCACUGCAGCAGGUUGGGAGUAUGGCCAGUGGGCAAGAGACAGGGGGAUGGAAUAUAAGCCAAUGAUUGCCCAUUAGCCUCAAGUCUUUGGAAGCUCCAGCUGGACAAUUGAAUGAUUCAUCCCCUCUGUCUUCCAUUUUGAAUAAGUGGUCGUGCCAUCAGAAUGUAUCUUUUGGAAGAAUACAGAGGUGUUGAUUAGACCGUGGGAAAUGGAAUAUUAGCACAUUGGGGAACUGAGGAAUUAACUGAGAGCAAUGGAGAAACCCAACCUGACACAUUAGAAAGUGAUGAUCCUGAGGGUGGUAACUGCUAAUUGCUUCAGGCAGUGUCUUGUUGUUUUAUUGUGGGAUUCCCCCACCCACCCACCCCAGAGAAAUCCUAUGUGAACCCCUAAUAUAUUAAACAGGAAACAAAACAAGCCCAGAAUGACUGUAGUUAGGGUGACAUCCUAGUUAUGAGACCGUAGAAAAUUGGUUUAACCUUUGAGAUCUGAGAUGUCUUCAUAUGCCUUUAUAAGGAUCAACUGUCUGAAAUUUACAAAUUGCAAAGUUAAAGAUUUUUUAAUUUUGUACCCGCUUCAGCAGCACACAUACCAAAACUGGAAGAUGCAGAGAAUGUUAGCAUGGUUCCCUGGGCAAGGAUGACACACAAAUUCAUGAAGCAUUCCAUAUUUUAAAAUAUAUUUUUUUUUUAAGUUCAAGGGAAAAUCCUGGGAGACAGAAUUCUUACAGAUUAAGGAAAAUGUUUACUAAUAUAGCAUUUCAUCGAUCACGAGAAGUAGCAAUUCUGUAAGUCGAAAGUACUUUCCCAAUGUCCCUUAAAUCACUUGACAUGUUUGAAGUUUCUGGAUUUGAAAGAUUUGCCCUGGUAUUUAGAUUGUUCAGAGCAUCUCUUCUUUUGGAAGACAAAGGAGAAGCCAGAUGUUUCCUCCCUCUUCCUGGCCAGAGGGGUUAUGCUCCUUUUGCGCAGCUGGGAAGAUGCAGGGCAGCCCUGGGAGUGGUGGCUUCUGAACAGAGGAUGCAGAAGGAUCACUGUGUUCCAACUCUCAGGACAGUAUCCCUGCAGUGGGCGGCCGUGAAGUCUGAGCCAAGGCCAUGGAGGGCUCUGUGCUGAGCCCCACAUCCUGGGAGAAACGUCGGGCCUGGCUGCGUCAGAGCAGGCACUGGCAGACCCAGGUCCUGGAAGAGGAGGCGGCCGCUGCUCUGCAGGACGUCCCGGAUCCUGAGCCUUCCAGCCCUGAUGAUGUUUUCCAGGAAGGGAAUCCAGUCAACAAGAUUGAAGGCUGGCUGCAGGAUUGUGGAUAUUCUGAAGACGGGUUUUUUGAGGAAGCAGGACAGUCGAUCUGCAAUGGGUGCUCCAGCCAUGGAACCAGCUUUGAAGAUGACUUGACCCUGGGAGCAGAGGCCACACUGUUGGCCGCCAACAGCAAACUCUUCUCCAGCUUUGAUCCCUGCAGGAGUUUCCUGGAGACAGCCCGGCUCGGACAGCUACGGGAUCUUGGCUGCAGUUUGGCUUCUAGCAGCAUGACUGGUGGGACCAACAGGACUAGUUCCAGCAUCUCAGAGAUUCUGGACAAGGUGCAAGAAGAUGCAGAAGAUGUCCUUUUCAGUCUGGGUUUUGGCCAAGAGGACCACAAAGACACUUCCCGGAUUCCUGCCCGAUUUUUCACCACCCCCUCUCAGGCCAAGGGCAUUGAUUUUCAGCUCUUCCUGAAGGCCCAGGUGCGGAGGAUUGAGAUGGAGGACCCUUGCCUCAUGCUGGCCAGCAGAUUUAAGCAAGUGCAAACACUGGCCGUCACUGCUGAUGCCUUCUUCUGUCUCUACUCCUAUGUGUCUAAGACACCUGUCCAAAAGUUCACACCAUCCCACAUGUUCUGGAAUUGCAACAACGCAACUGAUGUGCCAUCCAUCAAGAUUCUGACCCCAGAACCUGAACCUCACUCACCCAGAGAGCGCCUCCGGAAAGCCAUCUCCAAAAUGUGCCUGUACACAUGCCCACGAGAUCGGCUCUCACCACCUGACAACACCCCUAAAAGGAACAGUUUAGACCAAGUGGUGUGGGAGGUGAUGGACAGAGUGAGAGGAGAGAAGUUGGUCCUCCAGCAAGACCCUGGGUUUGGGCCAGGCCCAUGGGGAGAUCCUGUGCCCCCUGUCAGGGAUACAAAGCUGCCCACUUCUUCCUGUCAAUGUGUCCUCUGCCCUAAAGAGGAAACACAGCAAGGGAUGUCUACAGUGCAAGCAUCAGCACAAACUUGGGACUCUAACCUCGGGAUACCCUGUUGCACACAUUCUCUGCCCAGAGCAGAUCUACAGUGGAAUGCAGACCCUGCUCAGGUAAAGAGAGAGAUGUGGGGUCUACAGGCCACCAGUAAGGAAGUCCACUCAGCCAAAAAUGAGACCUUCUGGAAGAGAAAGAGCAGAGCAAGAAAGAGCCUGUUUCAGAAGAAUCCCAUGGGCAGGAAGGUUAAAUCGCUGGACCUGUCCAUCAUCCAACAGAAAUGGAAACCUAGCCAAGAGAAAACAGAACUGCACCGAUCUCUAACCCAGCAGCUGCAAGACACUUUUGACUUGGAGGUGCAAAGCGACAGUGAGGAGGAGGAGAGCCAUUGGCCCAGCAGACCCAGGCACUCCCACUUCUACCAGACUUUUGCUGGCAAAGACUCAAGAAGCUUUCAACACCACCACCACGGCACAUGCUCUGACAGCAGUGGCUUCAUAGAGGAACCUAAUUCCCACCUCUUCUUGCAGAAAGUUGUUCAGCCUCCAAUAUCUGGCUCCUGCUCCCUGGCCCUACAAACUCCUAAUCUCAGCAGGAGAAAAGCAACAUGGUACCCCAGACAGAAGACCAGAGUGAGAGACUUGGAAUCUCCGUCCUGAUACUGUCAUGAACAACAUGUGCAGAGAUAGACCGUGUGAGUCUUUACUUACGGCCAGAAACCAGGAAGCUGGAAGCUGCCACCAGUGCCAGGACCACCACGAGCUUCAUGAUGCUAAAUUGAGGAGCAGGCAGCACAGAUGGGAAAGCCUCGGAGCCCAGAGGAGGGUCAGACUCUGAGUCCAGGAUUCCACACCCUGACAUUAUAUAGGCAGAGGGCACCAAUCAGAAGCUGCCAGAUCAGAAUCCAGGUUAGUUAAUGUCAGGAAUGUUAGUUAAUGUCAGGAUACUCAGAGAAACCACUAGAGAAACAACAGCACAGCCAGAGGCUCUUGGAAAGAUUAUAACGUCAAUCCCUUGAUACUGAUGUAAGCUUUCAUUCAACAGUUUUACAUAUUAAAUAGUUUCCGAGCAUCAACUUCUCCUCCAGGCUUCCCCUGACCUCACACAGAGAGUGGCACCAUGAUUAGCAGCCCUUCUGGCACGCUGCAGAAGCCCCCACCAAGCCUUCCUGAUUUCCUCUAGUCUGCAGGGCUCCUUUCAGAGACCUGGGAAGCUUGCUCAGCCCUGUGUCUCCUCAGUGGGGAAUAAUCAGGGUUGAGCGACCUGGCCAAAGAGCCAUCCUCUGUGAGUCAGGCUGUGCAUUCUUCAAGCUGGGGCCUCCCUCCUGCACGUGUACAUCAGUCAGAAAACACGUAGAGAGAAAGGGAGCCCAACACUGAUGUGAUCUCUCUGCAUUUAAGUGUGUCUUGUGAAAUUUUCCAAAAUCAAAGAGAAAGACAGUAGCAACGAAACUAAUGUUUGUUCAUUAAUGCAUCCUUUGACUCAACAUAUUCAUUCUGCAAAUAUCCAUUGAGUGCUAGAUAUCAGCAAAACAACAAAGAACGAAGUAUACAAAAAUUCCGUGUCGUGCGUCCUAUCGUGGGAGUUCAUUCACUGAAACCUAAAUAGGAAGAAAGGAAGGAAAGAAGGGAGAGGGAAGAAGGAAGGAAAGAAAGAAGAAUGGAAAAGAAUCCUUUGUAUCCUACUCAACCCUGUAAUAAACUGUAUGGGAAAAGAAUCUGCAAGGAAAUGAUAUGUGUAUAUGCCUAACUGAUUUAUUUUGCUGUAUAUCUGAGACACAACUUAGGAAGUCAA